AUGUUUUUUUACUGGAUAAUAAUUUCUUACACACGGUUAGGUCAGCUGCCUCUGCCGUUGAUUGCGGCGGCAGCCACCUUUGCUACACCUCUUCGCGAUGGAUUAAGGUUCUUUAUCGGUAAAAUGCCUUGGUGUAAAAUCGAGCCUGACCCUGGUGUCUUUACGGAACUUAAACAGCAGAUGGAAGUUAAAGGCGUGCAGGUUAAGGAGUUGUAUUCAUUGGAUCUUGACUCCCUUAACAGUCUUAGGCCAGUGUAUGGGUUGAUAUUCCUCUUCAAAUGGCGUCCUGGUGAAAAAGAUGAUAGGGUUAUAAUCAAGGAUCAGCCAGUGGCCACCGCCACCGCCACCGCCUCCGCCGCUGUAACCACUGCCUGCUUCCACUCCGACGCCAUCAACCAUAGAGGCAAGGGAAAGAGGCGACGCAGACGGUGGUGGAAGGGUGGCGCUAUUGGUCCCAAACUAUCGUCACUGAGAGAAUUUACCAAGAAUUUCCCACCUGAACUAAAAGGUUUGGCAAUAAACAACAGUGAAGCGGUUCGUACUGCUCACAAUAGUUUUGCCACACUAGAGCCUGAGCAGAGAGCUGCUGGGAAAGAUGACGAUGUUUAUCAUUACAUUAGCUAUAUACAUGUUGAUGGCGUGCUUUAUGAGCUUGAUGGAUUGAAGGAAGGGUCUCUAUUAGCCUUGGGCAGGGGCCUGGGGGGACACAGUGACUUGGAUUGGUUACGAAUGGUUACGCCUGUGAUUCAGGAGCGCAUCGAAAGGGAACGUAUUCUGCAGCAGCUGGCCACGUUACAAACAGAGAGACUGGUCGACAACAACAAUGUGGAAGCACUUAACAAACAACUUUCAGAGAUAAAUGCUGAAAUUGAGGCUGCGACUGAGAAGAUUUUGAUCGAGGAAGAAAAGUUCAAGAAAUGGGGAAUAGAGAAUAUGCGUCACAAACACAAGUACAUACCCUUUACUGUUCGACUUUCUGAAGAUUCUCGCUGA